AGGAAAAGGCGAAACCAAAGAAAUUGUGGUGAAGCAGAAUUGGCAGCAGCGCGGCCACCACCAGCGAGGGGCGCAAGGCAACGCGGCGGGUAGAGCCGAGCCGAGGUGGGGGAGGAGAAACCAAAGCAAACGCUGCCUGCCUGCCUGCCUGCCCCUUCUCUCCCUUCUGCCCAGCAAGGGGAAAACAAAAACCACGGGAACCAAAGGGGGAAAACACGCCACUGACCAAACCCUAGCCUCUAGCCCCGGGGGCCGCGAUGCGCAAGGCGAAGCCGCCUCAGCCGCAGCCGCAGGCCUCGCCCAAGGUCGAGAUCCGGUACCGCGGCGUGCGGAAGCGGCCGUCGGGGCGCUACGCCGCCGAGAUCCGUGACCCCACGAAGAAGACGCCGAUCUGGCUCGGCACCUUCGACUCCGCCGAGGACGCCGCCCGCGCGUACGACACCGCCGCCAGGAACCUCCGCGGGCCCACCGCCCGCACCAAUUUCCCUUCCGCCACGCCGCUGCCGCGGCCCCCCGCGGCGGCCGCGACUUCUAGCCACAGCAGCACCGUCGAGUCCUGGAGCGGCGGCGCCCCCCGCGCCCCGGCCGUAGCCCGAAGCGCCGCCCCGACGGACAUCACGGGGGAGGAGGAGGAGGAGGAGGAGGACUGCCGCAGCUACUGUGGCUCCUCGUCCUCCGUCUGCGAAGACGACGGCGACGACGCGGCCGCCUCCCGCUCGCCGCUGCCGUUCGAUCUGAACAUGCCGCCCCCUCAGGACGGGGCCGACGCCUCCGCCGAGGCCGAUCAGAUGAGUUUCCGCUACGACACGCUGCUCCGCCUCUAGCUCAUGAGAAUAGCAAGGAUUGGGAGGGGGAACUAGAAAAAAGACCGAGACAAGCGCUGCCCCCGCUCCGUUCUGCUCUGGUCCUUCUUCCGAUGAUGAUCUGGUGGUGUUCUCUCUCUCGCUAGGAAUGGAUAAUUCUUGCUUUUUUUUUACUUUCUUUCUUCUUCUUCUUUUUUAUUUUCUUACCACGUUGAUUCGAUAUGUGAAUAAUUCAGUGGUGUAAGCUGCGAGCGAGGAAAUCUGAGCUUUUCCUUAUCUUUCUCUGUGGUAUUUCGAGUGAUGUUGCUGUUGUUGUUUCAUUAAUUGGAGAGGUCAUUGAAGAAAUGAAGAGAAAAUAUUUAUAUACAUGUAGUUGCUGAUUGCUACUGAUUCAUCCUGUCAAAUUUGUACGACUGAGCAAAAAUUGAGCUGUAUAAUCUAUAGAAUUGACAACCAUCAUAUGCA